AUGGAGGUGGAGGAAAAGCUGGGAGAGGCUCAGAACUGCAGUUACACACUACACAAUCCCAAUGGGACAAUAGAGAGCCCCGGAUACCCUUACGGUUAUCCUAACUAUGCCAACUGCACAUGGGUCAUUGUGGCAGCGGAGCACAACCGGAUACAGCUAGUGUUUCAAGGCUUCGCCCUCGAGGAGGACUUUGACAUCUUAUCUGUAUAUGAUGGGCCACCCAGUCCUGGGAACCUACGGACAAGGUUAACUGGGUUCCAGCUGCCUUCACCCAUUGUGAGUACAGGCUCCAGGCUCACACUGUGGCUACUGUCUGACUACGCGGUGAGCGGGCAGGGAUUUAAAGCCGUCUAUGAAGCUCUGCCCAGCUACACUUGUGGUAACCCUGGACAGCUACUCAAUGGCCACCAGCAGGGGUCCACUUUCAAUAUCGGAGACAAAAUCCGCUACAGCUGCAGCCCGGGCUAUGUGCUGGAGGGUCACACCUCCUUGUCCUGCCUUGCCACUUCAGCUGGUACUGCUGCCUGGGAUUUUCCCCUUCCUUACUGCAGAGCGGAUGAUGGGUGCGGAGGGACACUGCGGGGCCAGAGUGGGGUGAUCACCACUCCCAAUUACCCAGCUGAGUACAACAACAACGCCGACUGUACCUGGACCGUGUUGGCCGAACCAGGAGACACCAUCGCCCUGGUUUUCUCUGACUUUCAGCUGGAGGACGACUAUGACCUUUUGGAGGUCAGCGGCACCGAGGGUUCUUCACAAUGGUUCACUGGCCCCAACCUUCCCUCACCCAUCAUUAGCAGCAAGAACUGGCUCCGACUGCACUUUAUUUCUGAUGGCAACCAUAAGCUGAGAGGUUUCAGCGCCCAGUACCAAGUGAAGAAGAUGACUGAACUGAAGUCUCGAGGCGUAAAGAUGUUGCCCAGCAAAGACAACCACCACAAGAUAUCAGUGUUGUCCCAGAUGGGCGUAGCACAGGGACACAACAUGUGCCCAGAUCCUGGGAUUCCGGAUCGAGGAAAAAGAAAAGGAUCUGACUUCAGGCGAGGAGCUACGGUGCAUUUCUCCUGCGACGAGGGCUACGAGCUGCAGGGCUCAAAGAGCAUCAGUUGUCUCAGAGUAACAGACAGCUACGUGGGCUGGAGUGAUGAUCGGCCCAUCUGCAGAGCACCGAUGUGCGGAGGCCAGCUGAAAGGACCCAACGGUGUCAUCACAUCUCCAAACUACCCAGUUCAGUAUGACAACAAUGCUAACUGCACUUGGGUCAUCACAGCGACAGACACAUCUAAGGUGAUCAAGCUGACAUUUGAGGAUUUUGACCUGGAGCGAGGCUAUGACACGCUGACGGUGGGAGACGGCGAGGUGGUGGGAGACCAGAAGACCAUAUUCCACGUCCUGUCUGGUACCACUACUCCAGACCUCGUGGUGAGCACCAGUCACCAGAUGUGGCUCAACUUCAAAACAGAUGACACCAGCGGCUCCUUGGGCUUCAAGGUUUCCUAUGAAGAAAUUGACCAAGGCAGCUGUGGAGAUCCUGGAAUCCCAGCUUAUGGCAAACGCGAGGGGACAGGCUUUCGUCACGGAGACAGACUCUACUUUGAGUGUCUGCCUGCCUUUGAGCUGGUGGGGAAGAAGAACAUCACCUGUCAGAAGAACAACCAGUGGUCGGCGAAGAAACCCAGCUGUGUUU